AGUUACUCUGACAGUCCAAAUUCUAAAUCUUCCUCUCGCUUCUCCGCCGUCGACAACCUUCAGACAGUGCCGAGAGAACAGGGGGUUGGUGUUGGUGAAAUCCGUCAAACCGCCGCCGUCGUCCCUAUCGCCUGACCGACUCUCGAGAGUUCAACAAUCCUAAGCUUGCUUUUUUGAAGGCUUCAUUUGUUUGUCUUGGCCCCGCCGAAACCGAGCACCGGUACGCUGAAUGAGCUCAGUUGUUCCCGCGGUGUCAUCGGUGCCGUCACUGUCGUCCAUCAGCAGUAGCAGUGGAAACUUUCCGGAGGUUGCCGCCGCAAAUUCGGGCCUGUUGACGGAGUCGCUGUUUCUGGUUGGGACCGGUGCGUUCGGCAUGAUGAGCGUGUUGCAGCGCGGUUCCGGAGCGGAUUUGGUCAAGUAUGCCGGGUUGAUGACGGUCAGUACGGCCACGUUGCUGCUGCUGUUGGGGAGUCGCGAACGGAGGAAGUUGCGGUUUACGGAAAGAUCGAUCGUGUUCGUGACCGGAUGUGACUCCGGGUUGGGGUUUAACAUUGCCAAGUUGUGCCACGGGUUGGGCUUUGUGGUGUUUGCUGGUUGUUUGAACAAGGAGUCCGAGGGGGCUCAGCUCUUGCUGGAGUUGGAUGGGAAGAGUGGGCGGGUUGUGAUCGUUCCGUUGGACAUUACCCACGAGGAGAAGAUCAUGGUGGCGCACAAGCUGGUCAAGGACUUUCUGGAGCAGAAACCCGAGUACGAGCUGUUUGCGUUGGUCAACAACGCCGGAGUGAUGUGCUUUGGGGAGUUCGAGUGGCAGCUGAACGAUCACAUCGAUCAGCAGAUCGACAUCAACCUGAUCGGGACGAUGAAGAUGACCAAAGCGUUUCUCCCACUGCUUCGACGGUAUCGAGCUCGACUCAUCAACGUUACCAGCCAUUGUUCCCUUCAAGCUCUACCCGGUCUCUCGGUGUACUCCGCUUCCAAAGCAGCCCUCCGCUUCUGGACCGAAGCCCUCCGCCAGGAAAUGUCCUGUUACGGCGUCCAGGUCGUCAACUUCAUCCCCGGUUCCCUCGUCAUGCAGAGCAACAUUUGCGCCAACCAGCAACGAUACGCCGAGCAGAUGAAAGCCGCCUUCACCCCGGAACAAUCCGAAUUCUACGGAAGCUACUUCGACGAGUACAACGCGUACCUCCGGGUCAUCUCCGGCACCAAACCGGUCCAGCAACUGCCCGACAACCACGACGUACUCCGAACCUUCGAAGAUGCCCUCCUGGAUGCCACCCCGCGUCCAAUGUACAAGUGCGAACCGUGGCGUUACCGCUUCUACCACUUCCUGUUCCGGAUCGCGCCGACGGCCUGGAGCGAUUGGCUCGUGCGACGGUUCAUCGCGAUGCCCCAGUACCGGACGCCGGAUCAACGCAAGGUCAGCGGCAUCGGGGCGAGCUUGUGAAUUCAACGACCUUUCUUUCUGGAUGCCAUGCUAGUAAAAUUUCAACGUGCCGACGUAGAUCUAAUUAUACUUUGUAAUAAAACUAAUCGAACAACCGUUGUGUGUUGACACAGUCGAUGA